CUAACUCUUGACCCUUUCGUCGAUAACGGUUGCCAUUUUAAGACAAUAUGGCCUUUCUGGAAGAGACAUACACCAAGCAUUCAGGCCGACUCCUGAUUUUGUGUCUGGUUGGUUUACAGUACGUCUAUUAUGUCAGUGCAGCGCUUGGCCCUCUAUGUUACGAGUGUGACCACAUGCCCCAUCAGCGAGAUUGUGGGAAAAUUGUACGAUGCGGAAGUCACGAGAGUUGCUACGGGAUGAAAUACGUCACCACAGAUUCCCACAUCUUCUACAGGUCGGGCUGUAAGGAUACAUCGACAUGCGGCGUGGGAAAGCGUGAUGAUCGAACACUGUGUAGCUCAUGUUGUACAUCAGACUUCUGUAACAUACAGACUUGUGACCAGCCAAUAAAACUAAAGCACAGAUGUCUGGCUUGUGACUAUGUGAUAAGUCCAACGGACUGUGACCUGUCGAGACAGUGUGAUGAUGAUGAGACAUGCUACACGGAAGAAGUAUACAACGUUAACGCUGAGAAACGGUUUCGUAUGGGAUGCACAAGAACAACAAGCUGCAGAUCACCACCUCCCACACUCGUCGGCAAACGUAGCGGUGUGUCGGUUCGUCAGAUACCUUCCAACUCGCUUCCAUUAACAACGUCCUACUGUGCCGAGUGUUGCUCGGGCGAGAACUGUAACAGAGCUCUCUGUAAUGGAAGUAGCAGUGGGACCGACCUGCUGAUCCCGCCGGCACUCUUGUUGUGUUUUGACUACGAUGAGGUAGCCUGCCGUCUGCUGAUUGCUGACGAUCCCGCGCCGUGCUUUGACAGAAAAAUUAAGAACAUGCUGUGUCCGCGGACGUGCGGAACAUGCACUGGAGGCGGUCCAGGGAUAAGUGUUGGAUCUACGCUGAUACCACAAGUAACUUUAGCCACAUCGAAACCUGGUUCAGGGUGUGUGGACUCCGGCGACCGCUGUGCUGUUGAUGCAGGUACCACUAGUCUGAUAUGUAACAUACAACCGCAACUCUGCCAAAAGACAUGUGGACUGUGUGGGGGAGGUACUACGGCACCGCCAGCUCCCACUUGUCACGACCCCAUCAGUGAGUGCCAGUGCCGUUAUCUAGACCAACAAGUCCAUAUCUGUGACGACACAGACCGAGAUGUGAAGAUGUUUUGUUGUUAUUACUGUAAUAAGAAACGGGGGCCCUAUUCUUGUCCAGACCGCGUAUGUGACGCUAUAGAACAACAGGAGUUUGACAGAAUCCAGAAGCUCGGUAUCAGUAUCACUUGUCACAGCGAUAUCAGUUACUAGAAAUACAUUAUUUAGUGUCUGAAAACACGAAAUAUAAAUAGUUUUAUAUACUUGG